GUGGAUGAAUAACUUCCUGUGCCACCCCCAUCUCUCUGGUUUGUGUAGGAGUGGAAAACUGGCUUUUGAAUUGCUUCAAUUCCCAAGGACCUUCUGACAAUCAGGAAAACCUCUUGAGGCCCUUUUCACCUUUAAAUGGAUCAAUGUUAAAGUUUUCCACAAAAGAAAAACUGCGUUAUCCAUGAAAGGCCCCUGUUGUUGGAUUGGCCAGUUGCAUUGACUGGACUCUGUGCCUUCGCUACCACUGCCCUUGCAUUUUCAGAUAUCAUUUGAGCACAUAAAGCCAACCUCAAAACUGGAGUUCGGGAGUUCCCCAGAAGAGGUGUGUUAGAUUGGAGGCUGUCUCUACACUUGAAAAUGGAGCAACAGAUUCUACCGGGGACAGGGAAAGCAGUGGAAGGGCCAGAAAAAGUGUCUCAGCCCAACCAGCCUGACUGUGUGGAGGAUUACCCAAAGUGCAUUGCGACAAAAUGGCUUAAACAGGACUCUGAAGGAGGACAGUCCAAGGAAUGGGAAGGCCAAUGGCAGGAAUUCCUGAAGGCCUUGGAUUGCCCUCCUUCGGGGUGGCGGAACCCACCGGCAAAAGACCCUGGACCCUGGGACGAUGCCAAGGCCUUUUUGACGUCCUUUGAGCAAGUGGCUGAAGCCUGUCAGUGGCCAAGAGAAGAGUGGGCAUCCCGACUCCUGCCGGCACUGAGCGGAGAAGCCGAGCAGGCAGUUAGUAUCCUAGAAGCCAAAGACAGGGGAGACUUUGGGAAGGUGAAGGCUGCCAUCUUGCGGGGGGACGCCAUCAAAAUGGAGACGCAGCGCCAACACUUCCGGCAGUUCCGUUACCGGGGUGUCGAAGACCCACGAAGGGUUUACAGUGAACUCCAGGAGCUUUGCCGUGAAUGGCUGAGGCCGGAGAGGCGCACCAAGGAGCAGAUCCUGGAACUGUUGAUCCUGGAGCAGUUCUUGGCCAUCCUGCCUCCAGAGAUCCGGAGCUGGGUCCAGGAAUGCGGCCCAGAGAGCUGUGUCCAGACGGCUGGUCUGGCAGAGGACUUCCUGAUGAACCAGCAAGAGACUGAGACGUGGAAAUGGCAGGUCCUGGUGCCCUCAAAGGACGUAAUCCUGAGUCCGCUGGCCUCUGGAAAGAAAGACCUCUAUGUAGAGCCCAAGCCGGCAACUGGCAUGGAUCCUAGUUUGUCAGAUGGUGGUACAACGGCUGGUGGUCAUACCUCGUCCCUGCUUCUUCCUGAGGGUUGGGAAUCAAAUGAGGCAGGGCCAGCUGAGGGAUCAGUAGACUUUGAACUCGCCGUCCACUUCACUGAGGGGGAAUGGGCCCUUCUGGAUCCAGGCCAGAGAGCUCUGUACAGAGAAGUACUACAAGAGAAUUAUGGGAAUGUGACAUCACUGGAUAACAGAACCUCGACUGAAAUAAAAGUGGAGAAUUUUCAGUGGCACAGCCCCGAGGCGACUGGAUCGCAGGAAAUUUCCCCAGAGAGACCUCCUGGAUCUGUGAAACCUGAGACCCACAAAGAAGGAGGUGAUUUGGAGAGGCUUCAAGGGAGGAGGUCUGUACAGAGAUGGCGUGGAUCUGUUCAGUUCAUGGAAGGUCUGCGAUCCUUUAAGAAACAUACAUCCCAGGAGGCUGAGAGAAAACAUGCAUGCCCUGAAUGUGGGAAAAGGUUUCAUUAUCGGUCCCAACUGGCGAAACAUCACAUGAUCCAUACAGGUUUAAAACCUUACAAAUGUAUUGUCUGUGGGAAAAACUUUCAAAGGAAAGAUAACCUCCUUGCUCAUCAGAAAAUCCAUACAGGUGAGAAGCCUUACGGCUGCUCCGAGUGCGGAAAAAGCUUCUACGACAGAGGCAAGCUGCUUCGGCACCAGAAGGUUCACACAGGGGAGAAACCUUUUGAUUGUCCUGGGUGCGAGAAAAGCUUCCCCCGGAAAGGGAACCUCCUUGCGCAUCAGAUGCUCCAUACAGGUGAGAGACCAUAUGAGUGCCCUGAUUGUGGGAGGCGCUUCUGUGAGAGGGUCAGACUGAGUAGGCAUCAGAGGGUCCACAUCGGCGAAAAACCUUAUGAUUGUCCUUGGUGUGGGAAAAGAUUCCGAAGGAAAGGGAAUCUGGUAGCCCACCAGAAAAUCCACACUGGCGAGAGGCCGUAUUCCUGUUCUGAGUGUGAGAAAAGCUUCAGCGAAAAAGCCAAACUGAUUCGUCACCAGAGAGUCCACACAGGAGAGAAACCAUACUCAUGUCCGAUAUGUGGGAAAAGCUUCAAUCAGAGAGAGACCCUGAUGAGGCAUUGGAGAGUCCAUACAGGGGAGAAACCUUAUGAGUGUCUGGAGUGCGGGGAAAACUUUGGUCAAAAAGAGACUCUCCUUAGACACCAGAGAGUUCACACAGGGGUAAAUAUUAUUAAUGUUCUGUGAGGAACAGGGGAAGGGAGGAAUGCUCUCGUCAGGAAUAUAAGUGGCACAGAAAAUGUAUAAGUGCGUACAGGGGGGAAUCUGACUACAAAUUGGGGUCAAUUGUGCAGAAUGAAGGAGGAAAAUUCUGCACUUCUGACAAAUUCAGAUUGUUGAUUUUUCUAAUAUGCAAAACAUUUUGUGCAUGUAGAAGGCUAGCUCCUCAGAGAAAGCUUAAAGAACUGAGUCACCAAGGAAAAGGAUUUAAAAGAGCAAUCCCAAGCAAUCCUGUUCGGUAGCAAGUCCUAUUUCAUUCAGGAAGUUUUCUUAAUACUGAAUGUUCUUAGGAUUAAAGUGUAAAUGUUGUUUAAUGUUCCUUUUCUGGAUGUGCUGGAUUUUUACGUUAGUUUUUAACUUGCUGUACUGGAUUUGUUUUAAAACGAGUACAUCAACAAAAUAUAGUUUUUUGUCAAGUCCUUCUGGAGCACUAGAUGUUUUGUGUUUAAGAAAGUGCAUUAAGAGGAACUAGCACAAGAAAACUUAAAUGCAAGGAACUAGCACUAGAGAAGGAACUUGCAUAAGAGGACUCGAAAAGAGAGACAGGUAGGCCAAUCCUCUGGGAUGGGUGGGUGAGGGGGAUGGAUUAGGGGUAGCCAGGCAUAGAGCAACCCUGUCACCUCCCAAGAGGUUUGCAGUGCUGCAGUGAGCAAGAAAACAAGGAACAUCCUCCGAGGACAGUGAAAACCUCCUAUGUAGCUCAAUGAGCUGCACCACCCUUAUUGGUGGCUUACAUCCAUGCCAGCAAAACGUGUGUUCCUAAACUGAAAGGGCUCCAGAAGCUGCCUGAAGUCAGCUCCAUUGUGGUUGGCGUAAGUGCCCUGCACCAGUGUAGAUGCCACUUACAUGGUAUAGUG